ACCUACUCGUCAUACACCGUAUGAGUUAGUUUUUGGACAACACCCAUUACGCUACUUUAACAUGAUCGAGGAAUGGAAGCAACAUAAUGUCAAUAUGGAAGAAAACUUACUAGAAGCAUGGCAAUUCACUAGAGACGACAGUGAUAGGGAACAAAUAAAUGAUAAGAAUACUGAAAUGUUCAGUAAACCAAUUUCUCAGCAAGAUAUUCAAGGAGUUCAGGGACAG